GCGGACAUUGUCUGCAGUGUGGAGUUCUCUCCUGAUGGCAGCCUCCUGGCGAGCGCUGGUGUAGCCAAACAGAUUCGUGUGUACCCCUUAGCCAGCAUACGAAACGGCGAGUAUGACCCGGAACCAGUUGCGGCUGCUUUCAUCCACCGCCUGCCGUCCAAAAUGAGCUCAGUUGCCUGGAGCCCGUUUGACGAGGGCGUUUUGACUGUGGGAGACUAUGAUGGGGUGGUGGCGCAAGUGCACAUCCCUUCAGGGCACCUGAUUGCUGACGUGGACGAGCAUGCCGGACGCAGGGUGUGGAGUGUGGCGCACUCCACACUGCGGCCGCACCUGUGCGCGUCGGCGUCCGAUGACGGCAGCGCGCGCAUCUGGGCCGGCCGAGGUCUGGCUGAGGCGUCCGGGGUGAUAACGCUGCCGCGCCGCGCUGCUAUCUGCGGUGUCAGCUUCUGCGCGGAUGAUGAGCACGCCCUGGCGCUGGCCGGCGCCGACUGCUGCGCAUAUGUGUUUGACCUGCGAAAUACCUCCUCCCCCUUGCAGGUGCUGGAGGGGCACCGGCGGCCGGUGUCGUUCGCGCGCUUCAUGGGGCGUGACCGGCUGGUGACGGCCUCGGUCGACAGCUCCCUCGCGCUCUGGAGCCUCACUGGGGGCGCGGCCCCGACGCUCUUCCGGUGCUACCGCGGCCACGCCAACCACAAAAACUUUGUGGGCCUGUCAGUGCGCGCACAGGACGAACUCAUCGCCUGCGGAUCAGAGUCGGGUGCUGCGUAUGCGUAUCACCGGGCCUGGUCCAAGCCGGUG